CUGACCAUGGAGUGUGUGACAACGUAAAACACGUUUCUCAUUGAAAUCCCCCCACAAAUCGAGCAGCUUGACCCCCCUACUAUGGCUAGUAGUGGCUCAGGGAGGUCAGCUAGCGAGGGUUCCAGCAGCACACAGAGCAGCAGCUUGCAGCAGAGGAAGAAGCUUUCGUCCAUCUGUGACACGUGUAAGGGCAAGAUGCAGCUGGUUGCCGACCUCCUCCUGCUCUGCAGCGAGACACGGCCCGUGGUCACCGCGGAUGGCGUGGCGGUGGCCGAGACCUUCGAGCAGUGCCGCGACACGGUCAUCGCCCGCACGAAGGAACUCUCCAUCCUCACCCACGACAUCCAGUCGCAGCUCAACAUGGGCCGCUUCGUCGAGGUGGGAGACCGCUUACUAGAGAUGGGGGACCUGGUGGUGUCGUUGACCGAGUGUUCGGCGCACGCUGCAUACCUAGCAGUGGUGGAGACCUCGGGUUCUCAGCCGUGUCUGCCAGGGCUGGUGGACCGCUACAAAGUGACACGGUGCCGCCACGAGGUGGAGCAGAGCUGUGGCAUCCUCCGGGUCACGCCGCUGCCAGACCUCACGCCCCAGCUUCUACUGGAGCUAUCUCAGAACAUCUCCUGCAACCUCAAGACCCUGACAGAUGCCUCGGGCCUGGCCAGCGAGAGGUCCAAGGACCGCUUCGCCAAAGAACAGUUCAAGCUCAGCGUCAAGAGCAUUAGCACAAGCGGCACGGCCCUCUUGGCCUGUGUCCGGGAAGUCAAGACGCAGCCCAGCGAGCUGACACGCAACCGCUGCGUCCUGUUCAGCGCGGCGCUGGUCCAAGCGGUAAAUGCAUUGGUCGGGUUUGCUACGGAACCACAGUUUUUAGGCCGGGCGGCGAGCGUGUCACCCGAGGGGAAGGGUGUGCAGACGGCAGUUCUGGGCGGCGCCAUGAGCGUGGUGUCAGCGUGCGUCCUUCUCACUCAGGGCCUCCGGGACGUCUCCCAGCAUCCAGAGAGCAGCACCAAGAUGGCGGACUACAGGGAGCGCUUGCGCAACUCGGCCUGCGCGGUGUCGGACGGCUGCACGCUGCUCUCACAGGCGCUAAGGGAGAGGUCUUCACCCAGGACUCUACCGCCAGUCAAUUCCCAUUCUGUGAAUUAGUUUAAUAAAGAAAUGUAAAUAAACCCAUUCUAAAAGUGAUCGUGGAUGAGAAAAUCCCAUCUCUAUCUCCUUGUUUUGGCAUACCAAAGAGACGCUCGGAUUGGCCCUGUUCGUUUAGGGUCGGGAGGUUGAGUGAGUGCAGAGAGAGAACACAAAGGAAGGAGUCUGGAUCUGGUUCUACGAUUGAGAUAGGUGUGCUGUGUUUGGACUUUUACUGAGCUUAAAGUAACAACAUCGGAAAACAAGGUUUUGGUUGCGCUGGAUGUGACCAGAACUUCACCAUAAGAAACUGACAACUUAAACUCAGUCUCCAAUCUACAUACACCUGUUGACCUUCUCUUUGCCAAAAACAAACAUACAAUGAUCUUAAAACCUGAUCAAGUUUACCUCAGUUUUCAGCUAUUGGUGAAAACGCCAGAUAUGAAAUGAUGGAUGUAGCCUGCCGUGUGUGUGUGUGACCUAUCACCUAUGACCUAUGGACCCCCAGGUGACCUCUAGUAGAAGUACAUGUGCUCUAGUGAGAGUAGGAAGUAAGAAGAAGACUGUUCUUCAUCGCUUGUGUUUUUCAAUGUGUGAAAUUCUUAAAAUGGGUAAAAGCUGCUGUGAGUGUGUACCAUAGGUUUUACACUAUCUACCAGACUUACCAUAGUAUUGUUAAUGUGGUUGUUUUUUUUGGAUCAUGCAUGUAUAAAUUAGUAUUUAUUUCAACUAUUAAAAAAGGUUGUUUCUCAUAA